UAAUUACAAGAGGAGCACUCCCUCAUUUGCUUUUUCAUUUUCUCCGUUCGCUCUUCAUCGCUAAUCCUCCACAAACCCUUAAUUCACGAAGAUGAACGCAGUGUCCAAUUCUCAAAUCAACUUCACGGAAGAGACCGCCGGUGGGAGCGACACGGACACGAUUUCCGACGAUUCACCGGAAUACUACGAGCCGAUAUCUUCUGGUGCCAUCGACGACGAGGAUUCUUCCGAUCAGAACUCCGAUAACGAUCUCGAACCGAACUUCCACUGUCUACAGAACGGUGACGCUCGUUGUGUACAGAACGGAAUGGACUCUCUAGAUCUGAGCGACGAAGACGAUGAGGAAGAAGAAGAAGACGACAGGAUGAGACAGGCGAUGCAGAGAGCAUUUAGAGAGGAUGAGAGCCGUCGAAGGGCUCCAUUGACGCCGGAGAAUACGACGAGAGUGAUGGAGGCGAUGCGUGGGAUAUCAUUUCGAGGAUUGGCUCCAGAUUGGGCGGGUCAGGUUCCUGAGGAUAGGUGGAUCAAUCAACUGGCAAGUAUUAGACAGCCACCAUCUUCAACUGCAUCAUAAGUAAGCAUUUUUUAUACAUGUCAUCAUCAUGUGCAUGAAGAAGUCUAUUAUGCAAAUGCUUAGACCCUUUUUGAUGAUUAUUAAUUUGAUUUGUUUGCAAGGAGAAAUCAAAUAAUCAAAACUUUUAAUUUAAUCAAAUUGAGAGCCUCUUAGUUACUUGUUCUGUUCAAAUUAGACA